AUGGUGGUGGUUAAAUCGUCUUGUGGUACCGACGUGGUACCAUCAGCGGUAGCUAAGUUGACCGUGGUACCGGCAUUAGCAUGGUAUCGAAUUUUCAUGUACGGUACUAAGUUGACCUGGGCAUUAGCAUGGUAUCGAAUUUUCAUGGUAUUGGAUUUCCCUCGUGGUUUUGACAAAAAAGUACAAAAAAGUCCAUUUCAUCAUUUUAUCGCAGUUUCUGAGGUACCGUCGAUGUUGGUUGAAUUGUCCUGUGGUACCAGCAGCAUGGUAACUGCUAGGUUUCUUCAGUACAGUGAUAGAUAG